CCCACCCCCCGAUCACGCUCUCAAGUGCCCGAAGCCCAGUGCAACUCGAAAUAAUAUUCGCAAUCUCAAAAAACCCGAGAAAUCCCUCAAUUCACGAGCAAAAAAAAUAAAAAAAAUCCCAAAGCGCGAGAGCCGCGGAAUCUCCGAGUGAACGAACGUGUCUUAAUGGCGCGAAGUGUCCGCCAUUUUGCACUCUCUGUCUACCUCCGUAAAUGCCGAGGCACAAGUGCCCAAGGAAUUACCCAUCGACGGUUCAAUAAUCAUCGGUAAAAGGGCUCGAACGAUGGUUAACUGACAAAUCGCCACGAAUGAUGGUGUUUACGUUUUUCUGCUGGCGAAAUUAAAUUUAUUGAGCGAAAAUGCAAACCGAAGUGCUUGGUUCGAACGAUAUAGAGGGAUUGACUGCAGACAAUUUGAUUCCUGUGGAAUUCCUAUUUCGUGAUGAUUCACAACGAUCGCGUUCACAGGAUGCCCUGUCCAUUGUUGAAUUAGGAAAACAACUGUUGCUGAGUGCUAAGCAUGGAGAGACUGAGACUGUCAGAGAUCUCAUGUGUCGAGGGGCACCCUUCACAACUGAUUGGUUGGGAACUAGUGCUUUGCACCUCGCAGCCCAGAGCAACCACGUGGACACAGCAGAGGUGCUCCUUCGGGCCGGAAUAUCAAGGGACGCCAGGACGAAGGUCGACAGGACACCUCUGCACAUGGCUGCCUACGAGGGACACCACGAAAUGGCAGUCCUGUUGCUGAAUUAUGGGGCUGAUGUGGACAGCAGGGACAUGUUGAGAAUGACUCCCCUCCACUGGGCAGUUGAGAGAGAACACGAGGAGGUGAUGCACGUCCUCCUGGAUCAUGGGGCUGACGCAAAUGCCAUAAGUAAAUUCGACAAGACCCCCAUUAGUCUGGCCCUAGAGCACGACAGACUGGACCUAGUGGAUAUUUUGCAGCAGGAGCGCGAGGUCCUGAGUUUGCGAGAGGAAAAACAGAGACAGGCUAAUACAGCUGAGAUUGAGGAAGCUACUCACAGUUUGAUGAAGAUGCAGGAGGCUGAGAGGAAGCAGGAGCAGCAGCAGUUUGAGAUGCAGCAGCAACUGCAACAGAAACGAAAAAUACAGCAAGCCCAACCAGUGAAAAAACAGAAAGUUCUCUUUCAACCGAUCCACGUAUCCCCAUCGAGUGACGACGAACGAGAGAAAGAGGCAGAGUUGGCGGCUAGAAUAAGUAGCAUUGAAAAUAGUACAUUUAAGAAGCGUAAAGAGUUGGGGGGACUGAGUGGUCUUGAACAGCCACUUCGGUUGCUCGAGGCACACGGAAUUACCAUGAUUCCCGUUGAUAAUGAUGCUAGUAUCGUCGAGAAUGCGAUGGAAAGUGGGAGGACUGUUGUUUUAACAGAAGCUGGAAAAUUAGCGUUAAACUUGACGAGAAACUCGUCAAUGUCAGGGAAGAAACUUCAGGACGUGCAGAUCGGUGGCACAACGUACAAAGCACGGAGGAAAGUCAUUGCCAUAAGGGCAGAUCAGAUUCUCAACAAGAGUCAGCCCCCCCUCACUCCGAAAGGACCAAACAUUCUCAAGAGAAACACAGCGGACAAACCAGGAAAACUAUUUUUAACUCCUAUUCCUAAUAAUUCCAACAAUUCAUCCAACGUAACGACUCCAAAACCAACAAUUACACCUAAAGUUCAGAAAAAAGCACUAGAAAGUCCUCCAAAGGAAAAAAAUCCAAUUCUCCUGAAGCUGGACGAUGAUAUCGAGGAAAUAGAAGAGGAAUCAUCAGCAGCAGAUUCCUCUGAAGAACAAGUAAUGGACAUUGUCCUGUUGAAUAAACAAUUGAUAGAGGCAAGAAGAUUAGCAGCCGAAUAUCGAAAACAGUUGCAGAAGAAGGAGGAGGAGGCGGAGAUCUACAAGCAGCAGUUGAAGAAUAUCACAGCACAAACAACAACGAAAUGACUCUCUCCUGGAAUUAUUUUAUAAAUCAUUUUCACUGGUUUACCUCUUCUGAUUUUUUUCCUCAAUUCAUGUGGAUUUCGUGUACAUAAAGAGUCUCUUUUUGUAUAAAUAGUUGUACAAAGUGCCAAUGCCAUUGGUUAAUGGUGAAAAACAUUUUUGAUACUGAAUAAAUGAUUAUUAAUUAACUAAUCAUGAUUGAUUUCUCGUGUUUACUGAGAUUUUUUGGUUUUGAGGUCUCGAUUUGUGGGUUUUCGUGAUAUUCAAGUGACGUAUUUGUCUUUCAGACGAUUAAUUUUUUAUUUGUGGUGUGUAUGAGAGUCGAGAAUAGUUUUUUUGAAUGGAAAUUAAGGAUUCGGCUUUUUCGUAAUCUGCGAUUACAAUUUUACGUGUAAAUGCCGGUGAAGUAAAGUAGAUUAUUUUUAUAUGAAAAUUGGAAAUGAAGACAUAAAGAUUGGGAUGUGAAUUUUGUUUGAGAACAUUGUGAAAGUAAUUGAUAAGAUUGACAUUUGAAUAAACUUGUUUUUAUGAAGAAGUUUGUUGUGGAAUCACUUUAUUUCUUGCACGUGCCAUAAUAGCGUUGUGAAAAAACGUUUUUCGUACUGAAUGAAUGAUUGUUAAUUAAUUAAUCAUGAUUGAUUUCUCGUGUUUACUGAGAUUUUUUGGUUUUGAGGUCUCGAUUUGUGGGUUUUCGUGAUAUUCAAGUGACGUAUUUGUCUUUCAGACGAUUAAUUUUUUAUUUGUGGUGUGUAUGAGAGUCGAGAAUAGUUUUUUUGAAUGGAAAUUAAGGAUUCGGCUUUUUCGUAAUCUGCGAUUACAAUUUUACGUGUAAAUGCCGGUGAAGUAAAGUAGAUUAUUUUUAUAUGAAAAUUGGAAAUGAAGACAUAAAGAUUGGGAUGUGAAUUUUUUUUGAGAACAUUGUGAAAGUAAUUGAUAAGAUUGACAUUUGAAUAAACUUGUUUUUAUGAAG